ACCAUUUUUAAUGAAGGACCGGAAAAAGCGUGGUGUUACAGAAGAGUUGUCCAUCGCGACUCUGCAUGUAAGCAUUCAGGAGCUGUACGAAGUCAGUCCUCUCAAAAAAAUGUUCCGAAGCGCAUCAGUUCAGAUAUUUAGACAGUUUGUCCGGCACCAGGUGACAGAUGCUAGCCUCAUAUUAGAGCGAUCCAUAAAUAAGGUGCAGUUACUAGGGCGGGUGGGGCAGGACCCCGUCAUGAGACAGGUGGAGGGCCGGAACCCCGUCACCAUCUUCUCCAUGGCGACGAACGAGAUGUGGCGCUCUGGGGAAGGAGCAAACACAGACACAGGUGACAUCAGCCAGAAAACCACGUGGCAUCGGAUCUCUGUGUUCAAGCCAGGCUUGAGAGAUGUGGCCUACCAGUAUGUGAAGAAAGGGUCACGUGUGCUGGUGGAGGGCAAACUGGAUUAUGGAGAAUAUGUGGACAAAAACAACGUCAGACGCCAGGCCACCACUAUCAUUGCAGAUAACAUUGUAUUUUUAAGUGACAAUGUCCGAGACAGAAUGUGAAGUUAAUCUCUUUGUUGGAGGGAUGUAAACCAUCAGAAGACCUUUUUUUUCCAUGUCAUGUUAUUUUCUUGUAGAAGUUUAGUGCCUGAAGUCCUUGGAGCUGUGAUGGUUUCAAGAUUGUAACUUUAACAUGCCCCCUGUUCACCAACAGGGGGUGCCAACAUACAGCACCAUGGCCUCGAACACAUCUGCCACAGUAUUGACACACCAAAGUACAGUUGGUCUGACCAUAUUUUGUUUGGAUCAUGUGAACAUGUCAGCAUUUUCAAUGAUUAUUGUUCUUGUCAAGAUCCAGCACAAACCAGAAUUAGGAAUUCCGCCCUGGUCUGACUCACUAGCUGCCCCGGUGUCUCUGAAUGAUAAGUUAUAGAGCUUUUGUUAACACUGGGAAAUCAGAUUCCCCCUUUUUCUAAUGUACGAGAUGUUAUCCAAAUGCAGCAAUGUGUUGUAGUAGGUCUUGAGAAUCCUACAGGUUGUUUUUUGGCUAGCAAUCCUCCAUGAGGAUCCAAUCGCUUUCUAAAAGUAAAUUUCAUAGGCUGUGCUCAUAGACAACUUUAACAUCAAACUGACUAGAUGUCUUCUUGAGUUAUCCUCAGAAUCUUUCGGUUAUGUUUCUCAACCGUUGGUUUCAACACCUGGUGGGGGGUUGUUUUGCAUGGUUUUGCUUUUCAGACAUGUGAAUAUGGAUGUGUUAACUGAAAUAGCAAAGACCGGCCGUUUCUGCGAAAUCUGAUUUAUAUUCAUUCAUGCAUUUCAUGUUAGACACAGUUUCUACUGACCAUGUUAAACCAAGUCCUUGUAUGUAUUAUGUGAAAAAUAUAUAUCCCCUUUUUCCAAUUA